AUGCCUCGGGGGUGCUUAGUUUCUUCCGCGACGGCAGCCGCAUGUGGCAUAUCCGUAGACUCGGCUCUCCUGAUUCAGUAUUUCAAAGCCAACGUACGGACAAUCAAGACCCGCGCGCGCGAUAGAUACUUCGACAACCUCUCAUCCGCGCUCUUUUCCCGACUACCACUCUUCUUCGUAUCGACAUCUGGCUUCUCGCUUGCUCUGCUCCUGCUGAUCGCGGCGCAUGCGUCGCCUGGUUGGGUGGGGAGGUGUGGUGGUGUUAUGUUGGGUCAGCUACGGGUACUGGCAUCCUUGUGA